ACCGCUAAAUCCCCAGCCAGGGCACCAUCCUAUUGUCAGUGAAUGAUGGCGGAGCUGAGUGGCUUGUCAUCAUUCUCGAAAAUUCUGAGCCUAGUGAGCUCUCUCUCCCUCUCCUAUUUGCCUUAUUUUCCUUUCCGCCACUGCGGGGACUUUUUUUAAUUUGCAGCUUCCCUUCCCUGGCACACACAGACACGAGCUGGUGGCUUUUCAGACUGCGUCUGUCUGGAGCGAGAGAGACACAGCAGAGGGAGUGUUCUUGGAGGAGGGUUCUGCAGCAGUUCCACCGGACUCGAUUCAGGGGGCAUUGCUGCAUAUGCACUGAUUCUUCAGCUUGUCUCUAACAGAGGAAGGCACUGACUGGGAACCACUCAAUCAGCAAAUUAAAAGAAAGAAGCCAGAAUAUCCCAUCAGUCCUUUGAGAACACAAAGAACAUCACUACUUCAAACUUCCUUGAAUAGGAAACAGUACAAAGCUCCGAAGGAUGGCUGAUGAGCGGAAAGACGAUGGAAAGGCGCCACACUGGACGUCAGCCCCGCUGACAGAGGCAGCUGCACACCCUCACCCUCCAGAGAUGAAGGACCAAGGCGGGGCAGGUGAAGGGCUGAGCCGCAGUGCCAACGGAUUUCCAUACCGAGAGGAGGAGGAGGGCGCCUUCGGGGAGCAUGGGUCACAGGGCACCUAUUCAGAUACCAAAGAGAACGGGAUCAACGGAGAGCUGACCUCGGCUGACAGAGAAACAGCAGAGGAGGUGUCUGCAAGGAUAGUUCAAGUAGUCACGGCUGAAGCUGUCGCAGUCCUGAAAGGUGAACAAGAGAAGGAAGCCCAGCACAAAGACCAGCCUGCAGCGCUGCCUUUAGCAGCUGAAGAAACAGCUCAUCUGCCUCCUUCCCCACCACCGUCGCCAGCCUCAGAACAAACAGUGGCAGUGGAGGAAGAAGAAGAAACGCUAGAGGGUGCGAUGGCUGAGGAAAAGACACCUGCUGCCCUUCCUGGGAAAGAGCUUGGGGCUGCUAAGACUUCAGAUCACCCCCAGGGCCUCAGUGAGGGCCAAGUGGAAUCUAGCACAGAGGCGCAGAUAGUUCCAGAAGACAGUACCCUGGCAGGGGCUCCGCAUGAGAAAAGUGUAAAAGAGGUCACGGAGGUGGCUCCGGAUGUAAAAAUCCCUUCCUCUGCCAAGGAAGAUUUACUUUCAGCCUCGAAGAUGGAAUUCCCUGAGCAGCAGAAAAUGACUUCCUCUCUCACUGAGCCUUUAGACAAGGGAGAAAAGGAGAUGGAGAUGCAAAGUAAGCCUGGUGAAGACUUUGAACAUGCUGCCUUAGUUCCUCAGCCGGAGACAACUAAAACUCCCCAAGAUAAAAAGGAUCUCCAGGGCACAGAAGGGGAAAUGUCACCUCCCAUUCCACUUGGGCACACUUUUGGUACCAACCUGGAAGACAUAAAGCAGAAUACAGAACCAAGCAUAACAGUACCUAGCAUUGGCCUCUCUGCAGAGCCUCCAGCUCCGAAAGAUCAGAAAGACUGGUUUAUUGAAAUGCCGAUGGAACCGAAGAAAGAUGAAUGGGGCUUAGCUGCCCCAAUAUCUCCUGGCCCCCUGACACCGAUGAGGGAAAAAGAUGUGCUGGAAGAUAUCCCGAGAUGGGAAGGGAAGCAGUUUGAUUCUCCCAUGCCAAGUCCCUUUCAUGGUGGAAGCUUCGCUCUUCCUUUAGAUAUGAUAAAGAAUGAAAUAGUCACAGAAGCAUCACAACCAUUGGUUCCUGUCUUCUUCCAACCAGAUGACAAAACAUCUCUGCAGGGCACCAGUGACCUAGCUACUACCAAGGAUAGUUCUAGAGAUGAUGUGCUACAGAAAGAUAAAGCAGACAACGUGGCAGAUGUUCCAGUGUCAGAAGCUGCCACCUUGCCCAAAGAUACUCAUAGUCCAGUUAUGGAAGGCUAUGUCGGAGAGGGUGUUUCAGGGGAAGAAAAGGGUGCCACAAAUCAAGAGAAAAAGGAAACUUCAACCCCCGGCAGACAGGAACCUACGCUCACUGAAAAUGAACCACAGGCAAAACUUGAAGAGAAAUUAGUGGUUCCCAUUGAAGAAGCUGUGGCAAAAGAACAUGAACUCCCCAAACUGAGAGAGGAUGAAGCAGGUGUACUUCAGACCUCCACUGAGCAUUCUUUUUCCAAAGAAGAACAGAAAGGCCAGGAACAGGUAGCAGAUGAGCUAAAACAAGACUCCUUCCCUGUAAGUCUGGAACAAGCCCUUUCAGAUGCAGCCAUGACCUUUGGGACCUUGGAAAAAGUUACACCUGAGUCAGAGGCAGUUCCUGAAAUGAGAGAAACCCAGGGACUUUUUGAGGAGAACACAGCUGUCAAAGAUAAGUUCGAAGGAGUUGGGUCUGCAACAGUAGCUGAGGUUGGCAUGCCGUUUUAUGAAGAUAAGUCAGGAAUGUCCAAGUACUUUGAGACAUCUGCAUUGAAGGAAGAAGUGACAAAAAGCAAAGAGUUGGGCAGCGAUUACUAUGAACUGAGUGAUGCAAGAGGAAGUGCCCAAGAAUCUGCUGAUACUGGAUCUCCCAAACACCAAGACGGUGAAAAGGAAGUUCAGGCAAAAGAAUCCCAGCCCAGUGCUCCAACACAGGAAACAGGCUACAGCACUCUUGCCCGGAGUUACCCAUCUGACGAGUUACCUGAAGAACCAAGUUCUCCUCAGGAAAGAAUGUUCACUAUUGACCCCAAAGUUUAUGGGGAGAAAAGGGACCUCCACAGCAAGAACAAGGAUGAUCUGACACUUAGUCGAAGUUUAGGGCUUGGUGGUAGGUCUGCAAUAGAACAAAGAAGCAUGUCCAUCAACCUGCCUAUGUCUUGUCUCGAUUCCAUUGCCCUUGGGUUUAACUUCGGCCGGGGCCAUGAUCUUUCCCCUCUGGCUUCUGAUAUUCUAACUAACACUAGUGGAAGCAUGGAUGAAGGAGAUGACUAUCUUCCCCCCACCACACCUGCAGUGGAGAAAGUCCCUUGCUUUCCAAUAGAGAGCAAAGAGGAAGAGGAGAAGGCAGAGGAAGCAAAAGUGACCGGAGAGCAAACUAUCCAAGUUGAGACACCCUCUGAGUCACCCUUCCCAGCCAAAGAGUAUUACAAAAAUGGUACCGUCAUGGCCCCUGACCUGCCUGAGAUGCUCGAUCUGGCAGGAACCAGGUCCAGAUUAGCUUCUGUGAGUGCAGAAGCUGAGGUUGCCAGGAGAAAAUCAGUCCCAUCAGAGGCUGUGGUUGCAGAGAGUAGUACUGGCUUGCCACCUGUUGCUGAUGAAAGCCAAGCCGCUGUAAAACCAGACAGUCAACUUGAAGACAUGGGAUACUGUGUGUUCAAUAAAUACACAGUCCCUCUGCCAUCACCAGUUCAAGACAGUGAGAAUUUGUCGGGAGAGAGUGGUUCGUUUUAUGAAGGAACCGAUGACAAAGUCCGCAGAGAUUUGGCGACAGACCUUUCACUGAUUGAGGUAAAACUUGCAGCUGCUGGAAGAGUCAAAGAUGAGUUUCCUGCUGAGAAUGAGCCGUCUGCACCCACUCCUGCUGACAAAUCAGGACUGAGUAGGGAGCUUGACCAUGACAGGAAAGCUAAUGACAAACUGGAUACGGUCCUCGAAAAGAGUGAAGAGCAUGUUGAAUCAAAGGAACAUGCCAAGGAGACUGAGGAGGGCGGUGAGAAGGUGGAUCUCUUCGGAUUAGGUGUAACCUGUGAGCAGGCCUCCAUCAAAGAACUGACAACAGCUGAAGAUACAUCACCUGAGAAAGCAGAAAAAGGUCUUAGUUCGGUGCCUGAGGUAGCUGAGGUGGAACCAACCACAAAAGCCGAUCAAGGGCUAGAUUUUGCUGCAAAGAAAGCUGAGCCAAGUCAGUUAGAUAUAAAAGUCAGUGACUAUGGACAGAUGGCUUCAGGGAUGAAUGUAGACGCUGGAAAGGCCACAGAGCUCAAGUUCGAGAUGUCUCCAGAGCUGGCCCUCUCGUCCAAAGAACCUCAAGAAGAGGAUUCAUUCAUGGGUGUUGAGUCUGGCCACAUGAAAGAAGGUGCCAAAGUCAAUGAAACAGAAGUCAAAGAGAAGGUGGCAAAGCCUGACCUGGUACAUCAGGAGGCUGUAGACAAGGAAGAGUCCUAUGAAUCUAGUGGUGAACAUGAGAGCCUCACCAUGGAGUCCCUGAAGCCCGAUGAGGGCAAAAAGGAAACCUCUCCGGAGUCAUCUCUGAUUCAAGAUGAAGUUGCCCUCAAACUGUCUGUGGAAAUCCCUUGCCCGCCCCCUGUUUCAGAGGCUGACUUAUCCACUGAUGAGAAGGCUGAGGUCCAAAUGGAAUUCAUUCAGCUGCCGAAGGAAGAAAGCACUGAGACUCCGGAUAUACCCGCCAUACCUUCCGAUGUCACCCAGCCACAGCCUGAAGCAAUUGUGUCUGAACCAGCAGAGGUCCCAAGUGAGGAAGAGAUCGAAGCUGGGGGAGAAUAUGACAAACUGCUCUUCCGCUCAGACACCCUUCAGAUUACCGACCUGGUUGUCCCCGGAAGUAGGGAGGAAUUUGUGGAGACCUGCCCAGGUGAGCACAAAGGUGUGAUUGAGUCUGUGGUGACCAUCGAGGAUGAUUUCAUCACUGUAGUGCAAACCACAACCGAUGAAGGGGAGUCAGGGUCCCAUAGUGUGCGCUUUGCAGCUCUAGCUCAACCUGAGGAAGAAAGGAGACCGCGUCCUCACGAUGAAGAGCUUGAAGUAGAGAUGGCAGCAGAAGCCCAGGCAGAACCCAAGGAUGGAUCUCCAGAUGCCCCAGCUACACCGGAGAGAGAAGAGGUUGCAUUCUCAGAAUAUAAAACAGAAACCUACGACGAUUACAAAGACGAGACCACCAUUGAUGACUCCAUCAUGGAUGCUGACAGCCUGUGGGUGGACACUCAAGAUGAUGAUAGAAGCAUCAUGACAGAACAGUUAGACACUAUUCCUAAAGAGGAGAAAGCCGAGAAGGAAGCUCGGAGACCAUCUCUCGAGAAACAUAGAAAAGAAAAACCCUUUAAAACCGGGAGAGGCAGAAUUUCCACCCCUGAAAGAAAAGUAGCUAAAAAGGAACCUAGCACGGUCUCCAGAGAUGAAGUGAGAAGGAAAAAAGCAGUUUAUAAGAAGGCUGAACUUGCUAAAAAAACAGAAGUUCAGGCCCACUCUCCUUCCAGGAAAUUCAUUUUAAAACCUGCUAUCAAAUACACUAGACCAACUCAUCUCUCCUGUGUUAAGCGGAAAACCACAGCAGCUGGUGGUGAAUCAGCUCAGGCUCCCAGUGCACUUAAACAGGCGAAGGACAAAGUCACUGAUGGAGUAACCAAGAGUCCAGAAAAGCGUUCUUCCCUCCCAAGACCGUCCUCCAUCCUCCCUCCUCGCAGGGGCGUAUCAGGAGACAGGGAGGAGAACUCGUUCUCUCUGAACAGCUCCAUCUCUUCCGCACGACGGACCACCAGGUCAGAGCCAAUUCGCAGAGCAGGAAAGAGUGGCACCUCAACCCCUACCACCCCUGGGUCCACUGCAAUCACGCCUGGCACUCCCCCAAGCUACUCUUCACGUACCCCAGGCACUCCUGGAACCCCCAGCUAUCCCAGGACCCCUCAUACACCAGGAACCCCCAAAUCCGCCAUCUUGGUGCCCAGUGAGAAGAAAGUUGCCAUCAUUCGCACUCCUCCAAAGUCUCCAGCUACUCCCAAGCAGCUUCGGCUUAUUAACCAACCACUGCCAGACCUGAAGAAUGUCAAAUCCAAAAUCGGAUCAACUGAGAACAUCAAAUACCAGCCUAAGGGGGGUCAGGUUAGGAUUUUAAGCAAGAAGAUCGAUUUUAGCAAAGUUCAGUCAAGAUGUGGUUCCAAGGAUAACAUCAAACAUUCUGCUGGGGGCGGAAAUGUACAAAUUGUUACUAAGAAGAUAGACUUAAGCCAUGUGACAUCGAAAUGUGGCUCUCUGAAGAACAUCCGUCACAGGCCAGGUGGUGGACGUGUGAAAAUUGAGAGCGUAAAACUGGAUUUCAAGGAAAAGGCCCAAGCUAAAGUUGGUUCACUUGACAAUGCUCACCACGUACCUGGAGGUGGUAACGUGAAGAUUGACAGCCAAAAGUUGAACUUCAGAGAGCACGCAAAGGCCCGUGUCGACCAUGGGGCUGAGAUCAUCACACAGUCCCCAAGCAGGUCGAGUGUGGCAUCACCCCGACGACUCAGCAAUGUCUCCUCUUCUGGAAGCAUCAACCUGCUCGAAUCCCCUCAGCUUGCCACUUUGGCUGAGGAUGUCACUGCCGCGCUUGCUAAGCAGGGCUUGUGAAUACUUCUUCUCCUUUAGCACUGGAAUCAUAUUUAGGCAUGAGCUCUUGGCAGGAGUGGGCUCUGAGCAGGUGUCAUAUUCAUUCUUUACAAACCAUAGAUAAAUGAUCUCACCCCCAAACUGUAGUAAUUGUUACAAUUUUAUAUAAAAAAUUAAUAGUAUAUGCAGAAAAUGACCUGAUUUCCAUCCGCAACAGGGACACGCGGCUUUACAUGGAUACCGUUGGACAAUUAUUUUCGCUCUGCUCUGUUUUGCAUGGAGUAUUAUUAUUAUUAAUUAUUAUUAUUUUUAAAAUUGCAUUUUUACCUUUCAUGUGCCUGAAGGCUAUCCAAUUCAUUCUGAAAGGCCUUGUUAAAAAUCCAAGCUGCUCAUUUCACUAUUCUGUUUAUGGGUGAAAAGAUUAAAAACUGCCAUUUUCACUUAUGAUGGAUUCAAUGACAGCAAGGAGUCUGAAGGAGUCUGGUUGCAGGAAGGAAAGGGCAUGUGAGAAACACAUCUUCCAAGUGUUAUUUUGUAUAAAUGGGAAGAAAGAUGCAGCUAAGUUAUUAAUGUUUGGGACCUGGAUGAGUAUAUCAGAGUAUGACAUUCCAAUAAGUUAUUUAACUAAAAGCUGGAUGUAAAGCUUUUGAACUGUGGUUGAAGAAGCAGUGUCAAAGUGCAGGUCUUAGGACUGAUGCACUUUCAUCAGGAUGGGCUUGUGUCUGAUUAGAAUGUCAGUUGAUUGGCUAGAUUCAUGUCCACACAGUCAGUUUCACACCCCCAUGCCAUCUGUUUGAUACAGUAUUAUAGAUAUAAAUAUAUAUAUAUUUCUCUGUGGCCAUUUGUGAUACUUCCUCAUAUACUUGAAUAUGAUACUUCUUUAUUCACAGUAUCUGUGUCUCUCCUACACCCUUUGGUGUUGCAGUUUUAAGCGUGUGAAAGUAGAUGUUAGCCGGGUUCUCCCCCUACUGAAAAACGCAUUUGAAAAAAAGACAAAAUGUUUUAGCAUGAAGUUGCUUUCUGUAACAACUCAAAGCUGUAACCCUGUUUUAGUGCCAGAGUCAGGUCUCUCCUGUGAUGCUAGAACAUUUCGUUUUCCUUUGCUUUCACCACCAUGAAGUUUGUGGAGUGGGUCCAGUUAUACAUAAAAGGGUUUACAGAUCAUUGGUUCUAAGAUUAUGGAUUUAUUUCAUGUUUCAUCACUGAAUAGUUUGGGUUUUGUUCCUAUGAUCAUUCAUGAAACAGAUUCCUUAUUAUCUGUUUCCUCCCUCUUUUCUUUUUCUUUUUUCCAUUUGCUAAAGUUGAAACUAUGAAUAAUAAUUUUGACUCGAUUUUUCAGUUUCCAAAUAGUGUUUGUUCAUUAAAUUUUCUGGUAGAAGAUAGUUGGCUUCUUUACAUCCAGACCCCCCGAUCAAAAAAAGAAAAAUGCAACAUAUUGGAAAGCUACACUUGUAUAAUCUUUGAGACACAGAUAGCUAAAUCCAUCUUUCUAGGAUUCAGCAUUGCAGUCUGUUCAAGAACAUGGUAUGACUUAUCAGUAAAUAUUAUUUUUUAUUUUAUAUAAGUUCAGACAUCACAAUUCAAUUAAUUCAUUUACAAAUCAUAUUUAAUUAAUGAGAAAUAGUCAAUGGACCAAUAUAAGAUAAAGCAUUAUCAAACUGGGUGGACUUUUUCUAAUAUUUUAUUUGUUAUUUUUCUUGCUCAGGAUUGGUAGACUAAAUCUGAAAAGUUAAAUACAAAAAGUUGGCUAGGUUUUUUUUUUGUCCAUGAAACCAGUCAAAGACAAGAUGAGCAAGAACAGGACAGAGAGGUCUAUGGGUAGUUAAGAGAGAAUGCAAGAGGAUGCAAAAGCAGAGAGACACUGGUGGCAUUUUGGUGACCCAUUGAGUAUUGUAGCCAACGUGACAGUCACACAGAAAACUCAACAUCAAACCAAGACAAUCUUUUCAGCUAGGAUGUUGACACACACAAAAAGGAUGUCUUUGUUUGUGAAUCAGUUAUUUUUGAAAUAACUUUAAUGACUGUUUUCACUCUGGACAAUCCAUUCAUUACCUUCUCUUGGAAUGCACAAGUAAUGGAAGAAGGGGUAAUGGUGUGUGGAGAAGUACAUUCUUUUCUUACAUGUUUUGAUUAGUGCUAGACAGGGAUUAAAGUUCCCUAGGAAAAAAGAAGUUAACAGUUGGUUAGGGUAGUUUUAAACUAUGAGGAAAAUAAUUUCAAUCUCGUUUAUUAUAAAUGUUGAGGCUAAUAAAACAAAUUCUAAGUGUUAAAAUUCAGUUUCUUACGAUGUGUGUUCAAAAUAAAAUUAUGUAAGCCCCGAUGUUAAUAGAUUUGGCACCAAAAUAAUCAUUUAUUUCUAAUGCUAAUAUAAUUAUAAUGAAUACAUAUCUUUGUUUUAUAUGAAAAUGAGAUCCCAAAUAAACAUAACACAAAGGGACUGAAGUUUUGAAUACAGACAGAGACAGAGAAAUGCACAGGCUAACAUUUUCUUAUGGGAAUACGGGAUGGAUCCUGCCUUACCUACUCUCUUAAGAUAAUGACUCAAAUUAAGCUUUUUGGACACCACUUUUGUGGGGACACCCAUACGCUGAUCUUGAAAUGAAAGCUUCACAGUUCCAUUUCUAGAUCUACUCAUGCCAGUUUCUCUCAGGCUUUAGCCUUUGAGAACCUGUUUAAGAAUACGUAAGUAUCCAGAGUUCUGAAGAGUUCAAAGGCCAGCUUUUGCAAUGGACUCACACACUCUGGGUCUCCUGCAACUGAAAAUUGGGUACCUUGCAACAAUGCAGGAAGGAUCCGAGUUCACGAUGAGUUUCAAAGGCCGUGUUCACUUAGGAACAGACUCUUUCUGGAUCUGCCUGCUGAGUUCCAGCAGGACGGUGGGCUGAAAUCCAACCCAUAGGAAAGAUGCCUGUGUAAUUCCAGCUCUGUUUGACUGUAGGUAGCUGAAGGAAAAGGUCCAGUAAACUAGAGUAGACUAGUUUGCCUUCUCCACACACCACACACACACACACACACACACACACACACACACACACACACACACACACACACACGGUAGAAAUGAGAUCAGCAGCCAAAUAUAGCAUUUUAUUAGUGAUAGUAAAUAAAUAUUCUAAAUGUGGAUGACUCUGACCUAGCUGUAUUUAGUUUUCCUCUUAUUUUUUAUGCCACAGGAAGGAAAGGAAAUGAUUUGUGGUAAAAGCAGAAAAGAAAAAGUAGAUUAAUCGAUUGGGGAGGCAAUUCCAGGCAUUUCUUCAAAGACUGACAAGCUAGCAUCAACACUGAUGUUUGUGUUUUUACACCUAGGAUUUUCAGCCUAGCCAUGUAGGUUGAGGCCAAGUCCCUCUAUAGGUAAAGAUUCUUUUCAAACCCUAAAAGAAUGCCAAUCAUGAAAGUCCACUUCAACUUUAGCAAAAAGGAAAAAAAUCAACAAAAAGUGUACUCUGUAUGCUGGGUUCCCAAGAUUCCAAUGCAUCACUACAAAUCUGUGGAGGAUUCUUUCUUCUGAUAAUUCUAGAGCCUGUUACCACAGAAAAGCAUUUCUUCAAUGGCUGGUUGUAGUUAGUUCAUGUUUUUCAAUCAAUUUGCAAAUGUAUUUGUUGCUGUAUAGUGAUUGUUUUGCAAAAUAAAAUUGCUUGUCACCUAA